AUGAACAUCCUGGAGGCCACAGACACAGCAGCUGGAGGGCUGGACAUCAACACAAUCAGAAUGGUGAUCAACUUCAGUAUGCCCUCCAAGCUGAGAUCAGAAAUCCACCGUGUCGGCCGGAGGGCUUGUACUGGACGCUCCAUGUCUUUGAUGGAGGAGGUGGAGAAGAAAACACUGAAGGAGGUGGUGAAGGCAGCAAGGAGCAGAUACCACCAAGCUUAUCCAAAGAACUACCACUUUGUGAUGGAUAAUGCAGACAUUUGCACGAAGAAGACCCCUUUCCUGGUCCUCAUGGUCCCGGUGUCACCAGAUGACGUGGCCGCUCGGGAUGCCAUCCGGCAGACGUGGGGUAACAACAGUCUGGUUCAGGGCGAGGUGGUAGUCACUCUCUUCAUGCUGGGUCUCUCUCACAGAGCUGAUGCUGAGACGCUGAAACAGGAAAACCUACAGCACAUGGACUUGAUUCAGAGUGACUUCUUGGACACUUACCUCAACCUGACCAUCAAAACGAUGGUGAUCAUGGACUGGCUGGCCACACGCUGCUCAGAGGCAGCCUACGCCAUGAAGGUCGACUCUGACAUGUUCCUGAACAUUGACAAUCUGGUGAUCAUGCUACAGAAGCCAGGUAUCCCCAGGGAGAACUACCUGACAGGGAUGCUCAUGUGGAACAGGCCUGUUAUCCGUACGAAGUCCUCCAAGUGGUACGUUUCUGAGGAGAUGUUCCCAGAAUCCACAUAUCCGACGUACACUCUUGGCAUGGGAUAUGUGUUUUCCAACGACCUUCCCAAGAAAUAUGUGGAGAUCUCAAAAUCCCUCAAACCCUUCAACAUAGAGGACGCCUACAUUGGGAUGUGCAUGAAAAAGCUUGGUCUUGUGCUCACCUCGCCACCCGUUCCCUCCCAGUUUCAAGCCUACAAUAGCAGAUAUGACCGCUGUGAAUUCUCCAAGGUCAUCACCUACAUUCUUGGUUCUCCACAACAGUUGUUGGAGUACUGGACCGAUUUGAAGAAACCUGGACCACCUUGCUAG